AUGGCCGUUCACGUUAACGUUGCCAAGAAUGAUAUACAAGAGGAGACAAAACAACAAUCAUUGAGAGAGGGGCAUCGCUCUGUUCCAUUCACAAUUGAAACCAAAUCUGGUGACGUAAAAGUGACGUGCUAUCAUGAGGAAAAGCAAUAUGAAAGAAAGGUCCUUUCCCUGAAGGAUAUUCGUAAUAAGAUGAGUCAAAGUUUAAUAUUUGCAAUUCCUUCUAAUGGGGACGAUGAACACUUCACAGUAAUCACCAUAAGGAUAACACAGGCUGGAAAGUUUGGGAUGUCACAAUCUAUCAGCUUUGUCAUCAGAUACACAAGUGGGCCUGACUGCCUUCUUCCUGAAACCCUAUCAUUUAAUAGGGCAGUGGAGGAAGCCAAGAAUAGUGAUUUCCAGUCAGACGCUGAUGUCCUUACAAUAGCCCAAACAAAGACCGUCAACCAGUUCUAUGAUUUGGGCAUAGCUCUUGGUUUCACCAUUGCUGAGUUGGAUUGCAUUGAGUACAGGAGAUUCAAGGACAGACAACAGGCCAUCUAUGACAUGCUUCUAACAUGGAGAGAGAGGCAACCAACUGUUCAUGAAGCAAAGAGCAAGCUUAUCUUACUCAUGGAAUCGUUGGAUUCAUCAGCAGGACAAAUAUAUCUUUCAGGUUUUGCUUUCAAAUUGUAUAUACAACUAUUAAAGCCGCCUUGGUGUGAGAAGAAAGACCGUAGGAUUUAAUUGAAAUACAGUGCGUCCCCGAAAAGGAGAUUGUAAAACAGUGUAACUCUUUGACAUCAUGAUACUAAUUUUGCCUCAUGAGAUGUACAUCAAUACCAAUAUAUGCUUCACCUCUUUCAUCUGAAACCCGUCUCAAUUUUUAUAAUGCACGAAUGACUGAGUUAGAACAUUGGAAAGAAGUGAUAGUAAAUUUCCCUUAAAAGAUCGUAAUUUCUUUGCGCAAAUGGAAAUUUGGUAGCACCAUUUCUCUUGUUCUAACUGAGUCAUGCAUGCAUUAUGAACUUUGAGAUUGGUCUCAAAUGAAAGAAGAGAAGAAUAUUUUGCUAUUCAUGAACCUUUCAUGAAGCAAAUUCAUGAUUAUAGUAAGAAAUAUUUACACUGAAUAGCGCUUUUCUUUUUUUUUCUGGGACGCACUGCACUUGAAGUUAUUUCAUUAAAAAGUGAAUACAAAAAUGAAUCAUUCUUAGAUAAGCUCCAGUAUUGUAUUUUUUUCAAGAAUGGGAAAAGGGAGAAAUUGAAAAAGGCAGAAAUAUAUACAUAGGCCCGGUUUCUGAACUCCGGUUUAACUUAGACCGUGGUCUAAUUCUGUGCAAAAAUUAUCCCGUUAAAAGAAAGAAAAUUACGAUUUUAAUAUGAAACAUGACGCGAUUUUUUCAAGAAUAACAGUUUUUGACUAUCUCAUCCUUAAUAACUGUGUUGUAAUAAACUUUCAUGUAAUGUGUACUUCAUAAUCCUCUUCCAAUGUUACAUUCUAACAUAAAUUUCAUUUUCGUUUGUUUCUCAUCCGGUGCUUGACUUGGUUUUAACAUCCUUCAAAGAUAUCAGAGCUACUGAGUAAGUUGUUGGUUGCAUUUGCCUAAAUAGGCAGUAAAGAUCCAGUUAGCACUUGCUUAUGCUCACUUUACAUUUAUCCCUAUUGUCUUGAACGUCUAUUCAACUUAAAGUGGAUAUCAAAUGUAUAAUUAUGAGCCCUUUGCGUGCGACGGGCUUCCACAGAAGCCCAGCGAGUCAUUUACUUAGCUACGACGGGCUUCUACAGAAGCCGAUAUUUGUUUGGUUUAAUUCGAUGAAGUUUUUCAGCUUUUUCGUAAUUGUUAUGUACUAGAACCUCUGCCACUAUUUCCUUUAUAAACCUAUUUCGAUGACCAAAUGAAACAAAUAUACAGCUACGUGGGGAAAAAUUCCCAAAAUAGGAAAUCAUUUCAAAUUUACCCGAAUUUUUCGUUGGAGUCAGACGGGGAGGAAAAAUUUUGUGACGUGCACGUACGCGCGCGCACUAGACCUGAUCACGUGAUUUGUUCUGAUCAGGUGAUUUGAUCCAUAUCGUUGUGAUAGAUAAAAAAAAUCGUUUCUGCAAGAUCGUCUCGUAAUAAGCUACGCGUUUAUUCACCAUUCUCGUCUUAUUUGUUUCAUCAAGGAGAUAUCACUCUAGAUAGAAUGAUAUCUCCUUGGUUUCAUCGAUCGAUUGUAUUUUCAGAAAAACAAAAAGUUUCAGAAAAAACAAAAGGCUUGUAAUGUCUUAGUACUUUGAGCUUAUCUCGGUGCACUUUUGAACUUUUUCCCUCCCCAUCAUCCAUCUUCUCAUUAUUUUUGUCUACUUUUCUGAAAAAAAGAGAGAAGAAAGCAGUUAAGCACACCAUUUAUCUUAUGCUCUUUUCAAAAGGGAAACGUCCAUGUAGUUCAUGAUAUCGGCACUACCCAAACAAAAGAAUGUCUGGGCGGCCACUCAAACAAAUUCCUUCCGAAAAGAGCAGGAUACAGAUGGUCAACGCCCCGAACAAAAGGAAGAUUAAUGUUUAUCGGCAGGAUUACCUAUUGAAUGCUCUUCGUACUUAGCAAUACAAAAAGUUUUUAUGAAUACCUUUUUUUUCGACCAACAUACCGUAUCU